AUGUUCAAAUAUUAAGUGAUUCAAUCUAAUGAGUACAAGAAUUUAAGAAAAAAAUCAAUCUAAAUUACUUUACAACUACAAUUUUAUGAAGAAAAAGAGAAUUUGAAUAAAUAUAUUUUACAAAUUGAACAAAUUCUAAUUACAAAACAUUAAUUUAUAAUUAAAUUUUAAUUACAAGUGAUAGAACUUUAAAAUUAAUCAAUAAGAAUAAUUAAUAAAGACGUAGAAUAAUAAGUGUUUGAGUUUAAUUAUUAAUUAAGAAAAAAAAUAAGCUUGCAAUAUUUAGAGAUCUAAGCUUUAUAAAAAUAAAAGAAAUAUAACAAUAAAAAGAUAAUCUAAAAUUUUAGUAAUAAACUUAAAAAACUUCUUGAUUUUUUAAAAUUUAUAUUCUUUCGUUAAAAUUAAGGAUGUCUGAUAAAUAAAAUUUAAAAUUUUAUAUUAUAUUAAAUUUAAUUGAUUCACUUGAAAUUCAAGCAUUUUAUAUUUCAUAAUAUUAUUAUUUUGAAGUUAAUGUGUUUUUGAUAAAUGACAUUAAUUAAGUUGUAAUAAUGAAUAUGAAAUAUUUAUAAAAGAAAAUAAUUCAAAUUUGAAAGUACCCCGGUGCUUAAAUGUUUGGUAUAUUCAAAAGUUGGGAAUAAGUAAUGAAAUUCAAAUAAUUAUUUUAGAGAGUUUUCAUCAAAUAACACUUUAAAAAUGAGAGAAGUUAUAUCUAUUCACGUAGGAUAAGGAGGUAUUUAAGUUGGUAAUGCCUGUUGGGAAUUAUUCUGUCUUGAACAUGGAAUUCAACCAGAUGGUUAAAUGCCAUCAGAUAAGACAAUAGGAGGAGGAGAUGAUGCCUUUAACACCUUUUUCUCAGAAACAGGUGCAGGAAAGCAUGUUCCAAGAGCUGUGUUUUUAGAUUUAGAACCAACAGUUAUAGAUGAAGUAAGAACAGGAACAUAUAGAUAAUUAUUCCAUCCAGAAUAAUUGAUAUCAGGAAAGGAAGAUGCUGCAAAUAACUUUGCUAGAGGUCAUUAUACAAUUGGAAAAGAGAUUGUUGAUUUAUGUUUGGACAGAAUCAGAAAAUUAGCUGAUAAUUGUACAGGUCUUUAAGGAUUUUUGGUAUUCCAUUCAGUAGGAGGAGGAACAGGAUCAGGAUUAGGAUCACUUUUAUUAGAAAGAUUGUCAGUUGAUUAUGGUAAGAAAUCAAAAUUGGGUUUCACAAUUUAUCCAUCACCAUAAGUAUCAACAGCAGUAGUUGAACCAUAUAAUUCUAUUUUAUCAACUCAUUCAUUAUUAGAACACACUGAUGUUUGUGUUAUGUUAGAUAAUGAAGCUAUUUAUGAUAUUUGCAGAAGAAACUUAGAUAUUGAAAGACCAACAUAUACAAAUUUAAAUAGAUUAAUUGCUUAAGUUAUAUCUUCAUUGACAGCAUCAUUAAGAUUUGAUGGUGCUUUGAAUGUUGAUAUUACUGAAUUUUAAACUAAUUUAGUACCAUAUCCAAGAAUUCACUUUAUGCUUUGUUCAUAUGCUCCAAUUAUAUCAGCUGAAAAAGCAUAUCAUGAAUAAUUAUCAGUAGCUGAAAUUACAAACUCAGCCUUUGAACCAGCUAAUAUGAUGGCUAAAUGUGAUCCAAGACACGGUAAAUAUAUGGCUUGUUCUAUGCUUUACAGAGGUGAUGUUGUUCCAAAGGAUGUUAAUGCUGCUAUUGCUACUAUUAAAACAAAGAGAACUAUCUAAUUUGUUGAUUGGUGCCCAACUGGAUUCAAAGUAGGAAUCAAUUAUCAACCACCAACUGUUGUACCAGGAGGUGAUUUAGCUAAAGUUAUGAGAGCUGUUUGUAUGAUAUCUAAUUCAACCGCUAUUGCUGAAGUUUUCUCAAGACUUGAUCAUAAAUUCGAUCUUAUGUAUGCUAAAAGAGCAUUUGUUCAUUGGUAUGUUGGUGAAGGUAUGGAAGAAGGAGAAUUCUCUGAAGCUAGAGAAGAUCUUGCUGCUUUAGAAAAAGAUUAUGAAGAAGUUGGUAUUGAAACUGCUGAAGGAGAAGGUGAAGAAGGAGAAGCAUGAUUAAUCUAUUUACAUAUAUAUAAAUAAUAUUCAAACAUUCC